AAGCUCAGAUCAAGGGCAUCAAUGAGCCCAGGCAGCAGGAUGAACCCCAGGAUCAUCCUUCAGAAGUUGUCCAUGACUGUGAUGCCUUCAAUCCCGAUUCCCACGUCCUCUGGCUCCCCGUCCCCAUCUCUUCAGUCUGUGUCCCCAUGAUUGGAUGGAUCCACUCAACUCCAGCCACCUCCCCAACAACCAAUCAGACUUGGGCAGCGUCUUCACCCACCAGGUGCUCCCUCCGCUCUACUUCGUCAUCUGCAUCGUGGGCCUGUGCCUGAAUGGCGUCGCCGCCUGGAUCUUCUUCAGAGUGCCCAGUGACUCGGGUCUGGUGGUCUACCUGAAGAACAUGGUGGUGGCCGACCUGCUCAUGCUCUCCACCUUCCCCUUCAAGCUGGCAUCUCAGCUGGGUCUUGGCGGCUGGCGGAUCCACGUGGUCAUCUGCCGCUACACCGCCGUGCUCUUCUACUCCUCCAUGUACGUGGGAAUCGUCUUCAUGGGCCUCAUCAGCCUAGAGCGCUACGUCAAGAUUGUCCGACACACCUCCUCCUCCUCCACCUCGUCCUGCAUGUCCAGGUUGUGUGGGAUCUCUGCGCUGCACGUCCUGCAGAGCGUCGGCUUUGCCCGGGUGCUAGCACUCUUCACCUGGAGCCUUCUCCUCCUCUGCGCACUGCCCAACGUCAUCCUGACCAGCCAGCCGGCCAAUGAGGAGAACUCCCGGGACUGCAUGAAGCUGAAGACGCCCCUGGGCGAGCAGUGGCAUCAGGUGUCCAUCCACCUCAACGUGUCACUGUUCUGGGUGACACUGCUGGUCCUCGCCUUCUGCUAUGCCUCCAUCGCCCACCGGGUUUACCAGUCGUACCGUCGAGUGCAGCGCUCCAACAGCAACGCCUGCCGCAAAUCCAACCGCAGCAUCUUCAGCAUCCUGGCAGUGUUCGUCGUCUGCUUCGUGCCGUACCACAUCUGCCGCUUGCCGUACACUUUCAGUCAGAGGACAGGAUCGGGCUUGUCCCUGGGCGCCCGGUUCCUGCUGUUCCAGCUGAAGGAGGGGACACUCUUCCUGUCGGCGCUCAACGUCUGUCUCGACCCCGUCAUCUACAUCCUCAUGUGUCGGACCUUCAGAGAGUCGCUGCUGAGGAAACUGUCAGGGAGGGAGAGGAGGAGAUCCCUGACCACCGCCCAGAGUCUGAGCAACAUUUAGGACGAGAGACGGAAGAGGAGACGAGGGGAGACGAAGGAGGAGCGAGAGUAGAGGAGGAUGAGUGGAGACAAGUGGAGAGGAGACAAGAGGCGAGGAGAAGAGAACGAGAGGAGAGGAGACAAGAGGAGAGAUUCAAGAU